UGGGUUUUACAGAGCGUCGGUGCAGACCUGAGUAAAGUAACGAGCAUCAGUGAGUACUCAACACCUUGAGUGAUGUCUGGGAUAAACGUGGAUUCUGUCUCUCAGGAUUGUUCGCCUCUGCCGCAAGAGGCGAACAUAACUGGAGAAUCUGAAUUUAACCCGUCUUCUGAAGACGACGAUGAACUGUUAAAAUACAUCUGGAGUGAAUAUUUGCAUCCCAAACAGUACGAGUGGGUUCUAAUCGCCGGCUAUAUCAUCGUGUUCAUAGUUUCGCUUGUAGGCAACACACUAGUUUGUACUGCUGUGUGGAAGAAUCAUCACAUGCGAACAGUUACAAACUAUUUCAUAGUAAACCUCUCCUUUGCGGAUGUGCUUGUCACCAUCACCUGUCUCCCUGCAAGUCUUGUGGUUGAUAUUACAGAAACUUGGUUCUUUGGCCAGACUCUUUGCAAAGUACUCCCAUAUUUACAAACUGUAUCUGUUUCUGUGUCUGUACUGACUUUAAGCUGCAUUGCACUGGACAGGUGGUAUGCCAUUUGCCAUCCUCUGAUGUUCAAAAGCACAGCCAAACGAGCAAGGAAAAGCAUAGUAAUUAUCUGGGUUGUGUCCUGUGUUAUAAUGAUCCCCCAGGCCAUAGUAAUGGAAUGUAGCAGCAUGGUUCCAGAGUUAACAAACAAAACCAGUUUGUUUACAGUUUGUGAUGAACACUGGGGAGGUGAAUUCUACCCCAAGGUGUACCACAUCUGCUUUUUCUUUGUUACAUAUUUGGCGCCUUUAUGCUUAAUGGUGUUGGCUUAUAUCCAGAUAUUUCACAAAUUAUGGUGCCGCCAGAUUCCAGGAACAUCUUCAGCUGUUCAAAAAAAAUGGACACCUUUACAGUGUUCAGCCCAAUCUUCUGGGCCAGAGACUAUAAAAAUGAAAAAGAACGCGGUGGCAGCAGAAAUCAAACAGGUUCGGGCCAGAAGAAAGACGGCUCGGAUGCUAGUGGUUGUUCUGUUUGUGUUUGUGCUGUGCUAUCUACCAAUCAGCAUCCUUAAUAUCCUGAAAAGAGUAUUUGGCACUUUUAACCAUACGAAUGACAGAGAAACUGUGUAUGCCUGGUUUACAUUUUCACACUGGUUGGUAUAUGCAAAUAGUGCUGCAAACCCCAUCAUAUAUAAUUUCCUUAGUGGAAAGUUCAGAGAAGAAUUUAAAGCAGCAUUCUCUUGCUGCUGUUUUAGAAGGAAUCAACAAAGAGAAGAGCAUCAGAGAAGAGGACAAGCAAGCACUGAGAGUCGGAAAUCUCUGACUACACAAAUCAGCAAUUUUGAUAACAUUUCAAAGACAUCAGAACAUGUAAUUCUAACAAGUAUCACAAUGUAUCGUGCAAACAAUAAUGAGGACAACAUAAACUGGUAGCAAAGCAUUAUGGUUCUUCACUGGGGAUUCCGUGGGGGUGCCGCAUUGGCUUUGGCACUGCCAGGGUUGGGGAGGUGGGGUCCAGCUUAGACUCUCUUCACCACUCUACGGCGAUCCCUACAGGCCAAGUGCUGGGUGAGCUUGGGGGCGGAGAUUUGCUGGUCUGGUCAUUGUCCUCCA